AUGUUGGGAAGCCAGGGGAUUCAACCUGUCACGUUAGUCUUUAAUAACUCCAAGAACUGUUUUCUUCACCUGUCAUCAAACUUCGCUACUCAUCUCUGUCUGCAUGAGAACCAGAUUUUGGAGCUAUCAUGGGGUGUUUCUGCACCGGUGUUCCUCAGCUGGAUCAGGUCCAGGUCUUCAGGUCCAGAGGACAGGGUUGAGAUCAGCCGACAGCUGGGAGAGAAGCUUGGGCUCAGAGAUGGAGAACAGGGGUAUCUUCGGCCCUGUCUUCAGGUGCAGUCAGUGCAGCAGGUGUCUGUAGAGCCUCUGUCACCAGAUGACUGGGAGAUCCUGGAGCUGCACAGCUUGGCUCUGGAGCAGCGAAUCCUGGAUCAGAUCCGGGUGGUCUUCAGUGAUGGUGUUUUUCCUGUUUGGGUGGACCAGCACACUGUCAUCUAUAUCAGAAUCGCAUCACUAACUCCAUCUGUACCAUUCGGCCGACUGGAGCAGUUCACUGAGCUCAUCGUCUCCCCCAAACUACACCCAGGGAGUGAACUACUCCAUAAACCUCAAUCAGAAGAGCCAAGACAACAUCAAAACGUUAAUAUCACAUCGUCUUCCACCUCAAAUGCCUCUCAGGAUCCACAAAAUGAUCAUCCGGAGAGUUUGAAUGAAGGCCAUUGGGGAGGUAUAGCUGAUCUGAAAGGCCUGGUUAGAUAUCUGUUUACAAGAGGACGCGAGCCUGCAAAGGAGAAAAUUGCUGUUCCCACAAUUCCUGCCAUCCUGAAAGACUGUAUCCUCCGAACUUGCGGAAGCCCUCCUAGGUCUGUCAGCCAUCUUGGCUCGUGUCAUGGAGAUGUCCAUAUACUACCAUGGAACCUUCAAGAGCAAGAGAACUGGAAUCCAGGACAGUCUGCACUAACAUAUGGCAGACUUUCAAAGAUCCUUUCUCCUAAAGAGCUCAGGGAGAAAGUUAAGCAGGCCAUGGAGAAGAAGAAAAUUAGAGAUGCAUCCCAUAAAGAGAAGGACACGGAGGAGCACAUGGAGAAUUCUGCUGUGGUCAGGAUGCUUUGUCACAAUAUAAACAGGCUACAGGAGGAUCAAAAAUUCAAUAAAUGCGAAGAAAUUUACUCUGGAAAGGUUUGGAUCCCAAAGAUGCUGCAGAGGCGUUUGAAAAUAGACCUUCACUCAGCUGUGAGGAUUCAGCCUUUGAAAUCAAUGCCAAGACUAGCUGAAACAGUCAUGGUUCAACCAUUGCAACCAUUGGCCGAGAGUGAAAAAGAAGAAGAUAUUCAAACGGCAUUCCUCAAUUGGUUGCAUGCGCAGAGCCAUCAGCCUUUGACCUGCCUGACAGGACGAUCUAACAUCAUUCUCUUACCCUGUGCUGAAGGAAAGGAAGAGUUUGCCUUGACUGUGCUAAAACCAGAACAACAGCAAGAGGAUGAAUUGUUCUUUCUGUCAAACAGUUUACUAAGAAAAACAGACAUACAGAUUGCCAGAGAACCACAUAAUUCUGACCACAGAGGUUCUGAUAAUGAUACUGAAGAUCAGUGUCUUGGCUUUCCCUCUCUCAGCUCUCUUGGUGGGGUAGAGGACAUCAGCAGGUCUGCUUUCCAGCACAUCUCUCAUGCUCUGAUGGGAGGUUCACUGUCACGUGAGCUCAUCUCCACAGGACGGGGACUAAGGGGUGGAGCUCUGCUCAUCACAGGUGCAAAGGGCAGUGGAAAGUCUUCUCUGUCCAGAGCAUUGUGUAGAAAGGCUAGUGAAGACCUGGAUGCCCACAUUCAACUUUUGGACUGCAAGACACUGAAAGGUAAGAGAACAGACACAAUAAGGCAGAGACUGGAGGACGUUUUUGAGCAGGCAGUUUGGAGGCAGCCCUCAGUGGUCCUGCUGGAUGACCUGGAUCAUGUGGCCGGUGCUGCGACUUCACCUGAACAUGAGCACGGACCAGAAGCUGUACUGCGGCAGCACAUCUCACAGAGUCUGAAGGAUUUGGUGGAUGAGAUAGUGCUUCGAUCCAGUCUCAUCGCUCUAAUAGUCACAGCACAGACUGAACAUGCUCUUCAUCCGACUCUAACUGUGGUGCAGGGCUCACAUUUCUUCCAGAGCUUCUGCAAGAUCCCAACACCAGAUCAGGCUCAAAGAGUUGAGAUUCUGAAGUCUUUGAUAGUGAAAAAGAGCUUCCAGGUCUGUCAGACUACUCUUGAUCUGGACAGUGUAGCUAAAGAAACAGAGGGAUUCAUGGCACGAGACUUGAAUCUGCUGCUGGAGAGGGCCAUCCAUGCCAACACACUACACAACUCUGAAGAUUUGAGCUGUAAGGACUUCAGACAGGCUCUCCAGGGCUUCACUCCUCCGUCUCUGUGGGACGCUCAGCUGCAGGCGCCUAGCGGGGCUGGGAUGGAGAGGAUUGGGGGUCUUCAUGAGGCACGUCAGCUCCUGAUGGACAUCAUACUGCUGCCGGCUAAGUAUCCGCUGCUCUUCUCCAGUCUGCCCCUGCGUCAGUGCUCUGGUGUGCUGCUGUAUGGAGCUCCUGGGACUGGCAAGACUCUACUGGCUGGAGCUGUGGCCAAAGAGAGCGGCAUGAACUUCAUUAGCAUCAAGGGUCCCGAACUCCUCAGCAAGUAUAUCGGAGCCAGUGAGCAGGCAGUGAGAGAUGUGUUUCAGAGGGCUCAACAAGCAAAGCCUUGCAUCCUGUUUUUUGACGAGUUUGACUCUCUGGCUCCUCGAAGGGGUCAUGAUAACACUGGGGUCACAGACCGUGUGGUUAAUCAGCUGCUCACACAGCUGGAUGGAGUGGAAGGACUCACAGGGGUGUAUGUACUGGCUGCCAGCAGUCGUCCUGACCUGAUAGAUCCUGCUCUUUUGAGACCCGGACGACUGGACAAGUCUCUCUACUGCCCUCCUCCUGAUCGGGAGGCUCGGCUGGAGAUCCUGAGGGCUUUGACUCAUUCUGUGCCACUGGCUGCAGAUGUGGAUUUGGAUCAGAUUGCUGGAGCAACAGAGCUGUUCACUGGAGCUGAUCUGAAGGCCCUUCUCUAUAACGCUCAAUUAGAGGCCAUACACAGCAGCCUGGGGCCCAACCUACUGCAUGAUCUGGGCUCCGGGUCAGACAGUGAUGUCAGCCUCUCCUCCCUGAUCUUCCUGAACCACAGCAGCGGGUCGGAUGACUCCGCUGGAGAGGGAGACGCAGGACUGGAGCACUCCAUGGUGCUUUUGGAGCCCAGUGAACUCCCACCUGAGGACCCACGACACAACAUCUGGCGCCUUUACUUCGGAAGCUCUUUCGAGUCUGAACUGGACAACCAGUCCCUGAAUUCUCAGUGCCUGUCUGGACCCAAUUCCACCGCCCCCGACCUGACAGGGGCAUCGGUGAGGGAUCCAAGCUCCUGUCAUGCCCCUGUGUUCAUGUCCUGUUUGCAGCAGGGCUUCCAGGAACUGAGUCAUGAGCAGUCUGAACGCCUCCGAGCAGAAGUCAGCACCGUUAAAAAUAGUUACCGCAAAACCACGGAUGAAUCCUCAUCAUCACUAGUCCAGACCGGCCCCAGUAAACCUGGCUCUCUCAUAUGCCAAACUCACCUGACCACAGCCUUGGCUAACACCAGAGCAUCUGUCAGCAGAGAAGACUGGAAGAGAUACACUGAACUAUAUGAAUCGUUUGGUGCCCCAAAGGAAAGAAAGUCUCAGAGUAAUGUUUUAUUUAAAGCAGGUCAGCGGGUGACCUUGGCUUAA